AUUUAAAUGCUACUCUAUAAAAGAGUGAAGUGCACGCGAAGGAAUAGUAAGAUCGAUCGGAGCAAACUCAAAGAAUGGGGGCAAGGCUGUUCGUGAGCAGAUUAUCCUUUUUCACUACAAGGGAGCAUCUCAGGACGCUGUUCGCUCCAUUCGGACACGUUAAGGAAGCUUUUCUAGUGUUUGACCAUAAAACCGGAAGGCCCAAAGGGUUUGGGUUUGUCUCCUACGACUCCCAAAUUGAAGCGGAAAAGGCUAUCAAAGCCAUGAAUGGCAGGGUUGUUGAUGGAAGGAUUAUUUUCGUGGAACAUUGUACUUCAGCAAUCCUUAAAUGAUCCGGAGAAGAUGAUGCCUUCUAUUCGGUUGUUACUUUCGCCCAUGAACAUUAAUUAGGCGAAUAAAAUAUUGUAUCAGAUGUACUCGACGAGCUAGGCAUGGCUCACCUAUCUGAUAUGUGUCUUCAAUCUACCAAUUGCGGACAGUAUAUUUCGGGACUGUUUCAGUUUCCAAUUUUGAGACAUUGUGAUG